AUGGUAUAUAAUCUAUGUUAUAUAAGAGCAGAAACAACCGAAAAUAAAAACAAAAAAAAUAAGUCUAAAGAUAAAAUACCACAGUUCAAAGAUUCUAGUACAGUAAGCGAUGCAGAUAAGAUGUAUCUUAAAAUAUACAAAUUAAAGAACAAUAUAAUUAAGCAAUUCGAAGAAUUUGGUAUGUUCAUAACAAAAAUAUUAGAAGAGAUUCCUGAAACGCCGUUAUCCAUAAAGGACAAAUUCAAACAAACUGUUCUUAGAAAAACCAAAAAAACAGAAUUGAUAGAAAAAAUUUUCGGAGAUAUGACUGAGAAUACCUGCGAACUAGUCAAGGCUGCUAACAAUAUGCUCUCAGAACUCAUUAUCAAUAUUUAA